AUGCGUUAUUCUAUCGCGCUGAUCCUUGCGGUCGUGUGCUGCUUCAUCGGUAGCUUCGUGGGCGCCGAGUGGUCUACCGACGACACCGACGUCUCGUGGUUCCCCCGCGAGACUGGUAUCGCUGGUCGUGCCGCUGUUCGCGCGGGUUGGUCCCCUAAGCCAACUACUGCUCCUGGAAGCCCUCGACCCCAAGAGGAGCAGAUCUUGGAUGUUCUCCUCAAACGGGAGAAUACGUGGUUAAACAGCAAGACCUGUGGUUGGGUUUCGGGCCCUUCUUCUGACCCCUUCACUUGUGGAGAAAGUUCCACUUGUACUACGAACUCUGAGAACGUUGUCGCUUGUGCAUCCGGAACCCUUUCGCCGUUCUAUAAGACAUGCCUGGAUUUCUCUGCGUACCAAAGAGGCUCUUGUGAGGGCCAGGGUCAAGAAAUUGGAUGUUGUAUGGACAGCCGCUACGGCUCUUGCGCAACUUAUCUCUGGACUAACCGCCCUACGCGUUCUAUGUACCGGUGCUCUAACGUCACAACGACCAUAACUAUGCUAGACGUUCCGCAGUUUGUUGUGGAUGCUUCUCUCAGCGCAUCCGCUGUCCAGACCCCUACCAAUAUUGAGCCGUUGAGUUCCGGCGUCUACCCCGGCAGCGAGAUACCGUCAUCCGACACCAGCGGUAUCAGCGUUGGCGCUAUUAUUGGCAUCGUCUUCGGUAGUAUCCUUUGUCUCAUCCUCAUCGGCUACAUGCUAUUAAAAUGCCACUCUUAUCUCAAGAAAGCCAAGGAAGACCACAACAACGUUCAGAACCGUCUCGACAAUGCCUUCCAGCCACCUCGUACACCUCGAAUCCGUGGUCUCGCCAUGUCUGCCUUUGUGCCUGAGCCCAACACUCCCGCCGGUCAGCCCCAGCCUGAUGCUUCGUCGUCCGUGUACUCUCAGGACUCGGCCACCCCAGCCACCCCGGCCAUCCCGCCGCGCAGCGCCAACCGAGCCUCUGCUCCCGUGUACACGCGCGUAGAUCCCGAGUCUCCGCAUACGCCGUCUCCACAUGCCCGCUAUUUGUCAGCUUACGAUCGAUCUCCCAGCGGAGUCUCAGGCCCGCCACGAUACGAGUGGCACCAGAUGCAUGUCCGCGUGCGUCCCGAGAGUUCUCCUGUUCAAGGAUACAACACACCUCCGCCCCGUUACUCUCUGUACCCUACCGUCCAGACCCGCCUAAGCGCGGCUGACAUGCAGGCGGUUACAGAGGGCCGUGUUCAUGCCCUCGUGCAGAACCAGGAAGACGCCGUCCUUUGGGUCAACAGGGAGCCUACAACCAGCUCCAUGGGCACGGAGGGGCCGACUGAGGCGACGAAUGACCUUAAGUAG